GCAGGCCGCGAGCCGGGGCGGCUCCGGGUGGAGGGCGGUGUCCCCCCGCCGCGCUCAGGUGCUCCCGGUUCCGGCCUGGCGCGCUGCGGACGGCGCCCGGACCGGGGUUGGGCUGGAGGUUGCCGGGCGGUUCUCCGUAGUUGGGGUGACCCCGCGCUGCCGGCUGAGUCCUCCCGCCCAGGCGACCUGGGACCGGCCGCAGCUCCUCCGCACCCCGCGCGGGCGGCCCCGCGACCUGGGCGUUCCGUCGGGUCGGGAGGACACGGGCCGCGCAGCCCCGGAGCUGUGCAGGCGCCUCGGCUGAAUCAUCUGUUUUAAGCCUUUAAGCUUCAGAGAAAAGAAGAUUUUAUGCGGAUGCUCCUGCAGUUAAAAAGCUUUGAAAAUUGCUAUGUUGAAGGACCCAGGAUGGAAAAUAAAGCAAAGCAGUGUUCAUCACAUGUAUUCCAGCAGGUCUUCUGAAUUUUAGCUAAAAUUAUGACUGCUCUUUCUUCUGACAACUGCUCUUUGACAUACCAGUUACGUCAAACACACCAGCCCCUCGACAUUAACUGUCUGCUCUUCUUGAUCAUACUUGGGAAAAUAAUACUGAACAUCCUCACGCUAGGACUGAGAAGAAAAAACACCUGUCAAAGUUUUAUGGAAUAUUUUUGCAUUUCACUGGCAUUUGUCGAUCUUUUACUUUUAGUAAACAUUUCCGUUAUAUCCUAUUUCAGGGACUUUGUACUUUUAGGCAUUAGGUUCACUAGAUACCACAUCUGCCUGUUUACUCAAAUUAUUUCCUUUACUUAUGGCUUUUUGCAUUUCCCAGUUAUCCUGAUAGCUUGUGUGGAUUAUUACCUGAAUUUCUCUAAACCCAUCAAGCUUUCAUUUAAGUGUCAAACACUAUUUUAUUUCCUUACGAUAGUUUUACUUUGGAUUUCAGUCCUGGGUUACGUUUUGAGAGACCCGGGUGUCUCCCGGAGUCUCGAGGUGCAGAGUGCUCACUCCCGUCCCUGUCCUUUCUACGUCAGCAAUCAGAGUUACUGGCUGGCCUGGUCCAUGCUGGGGGUUUUAUUUGUGGCUCUGAUAACCUCCUGGUCAGAAGUUAUCACCCUGGUACGGGCUAUCAGGAUAACGUCCUAUAUGAGUGAGACGAUCUUGUAUUUUCCUUUCUCGUCCCACUCUCGUUACACAGUGAGCUCUAAAAAAAUUCUCCUGUCUAAGCUCCUUAUCUGUUUCCUUGGUACCUGGUCCCCAUUUGUCCUGCUUCAGGUGAUCAUUCUUUCACUCAAAGUGCAGAUUCCAGCAUAUGUUGAGAUGAACAUUCCCUGGUUGUACUUUGUCAACAGCUUCCUCAUUGCCACAGUUUAUUGGUUUAAUUGUCACAAGUUUAAUUUAAUACACGUCACAUUACCUGUGGAUCCCUUCGUCAGCUGGAAGUGCUGCUUCAUUCCACUGAUAAUCCCUAAUUUGGGGCAAAUGGAACAGCCCAUCUCAAUAAUAAUUUAAUAUGUUGCCAUGUUAAAACUAAUUAAAACUGUAAAAAUUAAGAUUUUACAAUGGAAGAACUCAGGACAUGUAAAGAAAUGUACUGAAGCUACCCUACCUUUUCAGAAUGUAUCUCUUGGAGCUUUGAUAUUUAUUAAAAAAAGUUUUCUUUUAAAACGAAAUUCCAAAAAGUUUUAUACUUGUUCAAGAACACUGCAUGUUACAAAAAUUUGUUAGUAACACAAAGAUGAAAUGAGUCAACAUUGGCCAUACUUAUACUUGUGUUACCCCCAAAACUACUGAAUGUAAACUGUGGUAAAUCUGAGAUUUCACUGCCAACCUUAAGAUACAGACUUGAGACAGUUUUAUCAUAUCCAGCAAGGAAAUAAAAAAUAUUUCAAGGUUCAAUGUAAGGAGAACAUCAGCUCAUUUUAAAUUUAGCUAAUUUUUUGCAGCUCAAUUCAUAAUUGCCAAGUCAUAGAAGCAACCUUGGGUGGCACCUGUGGCUCAGUGAGUAGGGCGCCGGCCCCAUAUACCAAGGGUGGCGGAUUCAAACCCAGCCCUGGCCAAACUGCAACAAAAAAAUAGCCGGGCAUUGUGGCAGGUGCCUGUAGUCCCAGCUACUCGGGAGGCUGAGCCAAGAGAUCGUGUAAGCCCAAGAGCUGGAGGUUGCUGUGCCGUAUGACGCCACGGCACUCUAUAGAGGGCAGUAAAGUGAGACUCUGUCUCUACAAAAAAAAAGAAAAGAAGCAACCUAGUGCCCAUCAACUCAUGAAUGGAUCAACAAACUGUGGUAUAACAUGGGAUAUUAUUCAGCCAUAAAAAAAGAUGGAGACUUUUGUAUCUUUUACAUUUACCUGGAUGGAGUUGAAAUACAUUCUUCUUAGUAAAGUAUCACAAGAAUGGAAAAAUAUCCAAUGUACUCCAUACUAACAUGAAAUUAAUAAACAAUUACAUGUUCCUAAGAACAAUAAAACACUAUUAUAGUCCAAUUCCAGGGCAGAGGGAA